UAAGCAACAGUUUGCGCACAUUCUGAAAUUACCCUGGAUUUACAAUAUCGAUGGAUUCUGUUGAAAUAAUGGAAAGUGUGUAAUCGGCCACUGAAGGGGUUAAUUUUAUGUGUCAGACCCCUCCCAUUAUUGUCAGUCAUCGUAUUAAUAAUCGCACCACUAGAAGUGUCGCUAUAAAGCCGGUUUUUGGCGAGAACACGGGAAAGGUAGUGGUGCUGUCUCAGUGCGCGUGGUGCUGAAAGUGCCAUCUGAAGUAAUGUGGUCGGUAUUUUUUUUCUUUCUGUCUUAUCUGGACAGAAACUUGGUCAAGGGAGAAUUCCCCAAUUAUUCCCUAGAUGCAGAGAAACAGAGUAAAGAUGUGUUUUUCAUGCUCAACAGCACAUUCUGUGCCAAAAUGUCAGGCAUUGGGGGAAAUUAUCUUUACCAAGUGUCAGACGGAAUUGAGGAAGUGCGCUCUGUGCAUGACACGUCGGGUAAACUGGUGGACUGCUCAGUAACCAUCAACCAGACGCAGGUGAAGUCAUUCAUGCAUGUGUGCAGAUUGGGACUGAAGCACCAGAUAACCAACCCAGAAUAUAUGGAGUUGAGUUUUGCAGACAUGACAGAAGCCAAAUACAACUGUCAAGCGUUCCAGAGGACGUCAAAGUGCACGACGGUCACCGCGGAGAGGAUAGCCGCACCAACAGCACAGACACCGAAGGAGACGCGAGAGAAUUCUGUCCACGAGGAUAACAAGCAGGACAUACGAAGAUCCAAGCGAGGAUUCACUUAUCCUGGAACCCUGUGGUGUGGAGCUGGCAACAUGGCUGAUAAUUACGACCAUUUGGGAGAGUUCGCGGCGACUGACAGUUGUUGCCGCGUUCAUGACCACUGCCCCUACGUCAUCCAUGCGUUUUCCUCAAAAUACGGCUACACCAAUUUCAAGUGGCAUCCGCUUAGUCACUGUGACUGCGAUAAUGCGUUGAAGGAGUGUCUGAGGAAAGUCAAUGACACCUCCUCCAGGGUGGUUGGCCAAGCUUUCUUCAAUGUCAUUGAGGUGCCCUGUUUCCAGUUCAUAUAUGAAGAGCAAUGUGUGGAGCGCCACUGGUAUGGCGUGUGUAAAAAAUAUGACAAGCUCCCGGUUGCAGUGCCUAGAGAGUCCAUCCCGUAUGAUUUCGGAGGUAUUGACGUGCUGACCGUGGCUCCUCAGAAAGAGACAAACGAAACAGGCACAGAGCAGGACAAUCCUGUAGGCACAACACAGUCCACUGUUUCUGGCUCCCAGACCACUGGCCCUGAGGAACCCUCCCUCAGGAACAUGGUCACAGUCGCUGAGGACUUCAUCAAAUUUCUGGCCACCGUCUCCACCUCUCAGGGUUCGGCUACAGACAACACCAAAGGAGAGACACAGACCUCAGAGAAGAAGAAGAGGAAGAACACUGCAGGGAAAAAUAAGAAAAAUAAGAAGAAAAGGAAAGGGAAAGGAAAAGGGAGAAAGAGGAAGCAGAAAAUCGACUCAGUCUCAAAAGGAGCAGAGGAGUCCUACCAAGUUAGUCCUACCAAAGCAGAGGAAGUUGUCAAUAAGAGUAACUUUGUAAAUGAGCCUGAGAAUGAUGACCAGUUGAACAGAAAUGUCAACCGUUUCAGUGAUGGUGAAAAAGAUUGUGGAGGGAAAGAAGAGCUUUCUAAUGAUGUCAUGAGAGAUGAACCACAUGUAGAUGAAGAAAGUGCUGCAGAUGCCUCUGACACCUCAGCCACUGCUGUCAAGAUGGAGCAGACAAUGCUGGAAACUCCGGCUCUGAAGGAUCACACAGAAACAGCGUCUCUUUCUGCAACCACCAGCACACCCAUUGUGACCACACAGAAAACCAAAAGGCAGAGGUCAAGAAAGGGGGAAGGGAGGAAAAAACAGAGCAACAUAACGCCAACUGUCACCCCUAAAGGAGUUGCACGUCAUACCGCCAUUACACAGGACUUCCCAACUACCACAACAGAGAGCUCUGGCACCCCGACCAUCCCUACCAGCACUGCCAUAAUCUCUGCAGAUCAGCCUGCGCAACUAAAGUUACAGAACCACAGUGAAAAGGGACAUGUUACGGUUACUGCCGGCACCCCCAUUGUGACUUUUAUCAAAAGCAAAAGGCACAGGUCAAAGGAGAGAGAGAAAACAAAUAAAUGGAGGAAAAUCCCUCCCACUCUUCCCAUGGUGGGGGAUACUUUCCGAAACCCCACUGAAAAGGAUCUUGAAGUGAUCACUACUGAGAGCACAAGUGCUGCAGCCGUCACCACAAUCACUACUGUUCGCGUUGCAGGGCAGCCAGUGUCACACAGACCCGAAAGUCACAAUGAGAAGGGAUCCAAUACCACUACGACUGUAGGCUCAACUUUGAGUGAGACCAAAAGGCACAUGCUGAAAGAGAGAGAGCGAAGAAAGAUGAGGAGAAAAGUCAUAUCAACUCUUUUGGCUGAGGGCACAUCUCUUCAGAAUCCCACUGACGAUGCCCUUCAUACAGUCACUACUGACAGCACUGUUGUACUGAACAUCCCCACAACCACCACUGUAGUCGCUGCAGAGCAGGCUGAGAUGCUAACGUCACAGAGCAUAGAGAGUCAUAGUGAAAAGGGACUUCUCACCAGAACAGCCAGCGAUCCCGUUAUGACUGGGAGAAGACAAGGAUCAAAAGAGAGGAAGAAAAGUAAAAACGUGAACAUACCCACUGUUGUCAAGGAUGAGGUUCCUAUCAAUAAUGAAAUAAUAACAGGUACAAGUCUGACACCCUCAGCGUCAGAAAUCUCAUUCAAUGUUGACGAAGUAGGAGAGUUCAAUCUACAGGGUUCUGAGAACUACAGAGAACAGGCCCUCAGAGAACAGACCAGCACACACACUAUAAGUCCAAUAAAAUCCACUGUCCAGAAAAUGGAAAAGAGAAUAGGUAGAAAGAAAAGGAGAAAACCACCACAAUGAGACUCAUACUAACAAUGUUGCUAGUAUAGAAUGAAAGAGUGAAAUUAUGUCCUAGAUGACUAGUCUGGCUCUUGACUAUCAGGAAAACCUGCUAUGCAGACUCAGACAUAUGUGUAGUAUGUGUUAGUCGUCAUCUUGUGUAUGUUUUGUAAAAUCAACAUUUGUGCCACUAUUCAACAGGAAUUGAAACAAGUGAAUGAAGAAUCAGGAUAAUGUUUUGUAUUAUAGUAUGUGCAUUUAAACACCAAUGAUUAAUAAAAUAUUGGAAAGAAGCAUAUAUUGAGUGCAAUGAAUUCUAAAAGUGAUGAUUUCAUUAAUAACACAUUCAUUUUUUUGUGCAUGUAGGCAUGUACUGUACUGUACUCCCAAGACACAGCAGGGAAUAUUUAAUACGGAAGAAAUGAGGGAAUUCCAAGUUCAGGGAGUUCUCCAUUUCAUCUGCUUACUCGUAAAUGGCUUACUUUUACUUUUCUGCAAACAAUUCUUGCAAUAUUGUAUACACAGACAGGUUCCAAGCCAAGAAAGCUGAGCCUUCUUCCAGGUUUAAAUACUAUUUCCUUUGUUCUGUGUGGGACUUUGGACCUCUAGUCUUUUCCAAUGCGAUAUAAGGCAUUGUGAUGAAAAGGGUCACAUUCCUAAAAAAGGAUUACGUGCUCACUAUGAACUCUAUUCUCCUAUGAACUAUGAACUCUAUUCUCUCCCCUAAAUGAGGGCUGUAAGACCCUGUAACACUGAGGCUCAAAUCCCUAUGCUGAUUCUUACCACACUACAAUUUUUUAAAUUUCAGUUUUUAAUUGAACCUUUAUUUAACUAGACAAGUCAGUUAAGAACAAAUUCUUAUUUACAAUGACGGUCUACCCUGGUCAAACCCAGACAACGCUGGGCCAAUUGUGCGCCGCCCUAUGGGACUCCCAAUCACGGCCGGAUGUGAUACAGCCUGGAAUCUAACCAGGGACUGUAGUGACGCCUCUAGCACUGAGAUCAGUGCCUUAGACUGCUGCGCCACACGGGAGCCCAAAUGAAGAGUUUCACAGAAUGAGAUUGACAUGCAAUACUGUUGCUUACUGUACAGACACAGAUGUAUAGAAUAAGUUAUGUAAUUAUGUCCAGCAGUUCAUGGAAGGUGCACAUGAUUUUUUGGUAUUUCUCACUUAAAGGAUAUUAACAUAAACAGCUCUAGGCCCCCGAACAUGCAAUUCCUGCUUCUGUUUUUUGUUUCUUGUCUGCUGUUUCUUGAUAUUUAUUUAACUAAUUUACAAUAAAUUGAAAGGAUAUGUUACAGACUGAAAACACAGCUAGGAUAAUAAAAUCAGCAAAAAAAGAAACGUCCCCUUUUCAGGAACCUGUCAAAGAAAAUUGGUAAAAAUCCAAACAACUUUACGGAUCUUCAUUGUAAAGGGUUUAAACACUGUUUCCCAUGCUUGUUCAAUGAACCAUAAACAAUGAAUGAACAUGCACCUGUGGAACAGUCGUUAAGACACUAACAGCUUACAGACGGUAGGCAAUUAAGGUCACAGUUAUGAAAAUUUAGGACACUAAAGAGGCCUUUCUACUGACUCAGAAAAACCAAAAGAAAGAUGCCCAGGGUCCCUGCUCAUCUGUGCCGAACGUGCCUUAGGCAUGCUGCAAGGAGGCAUGAGGACUGCAGAUGUGGCCAGGGCAAUAAAUUGCUAUGUCCGUACUGUGAGAUGCCUAAGACAGCGCUUCAGGGAAACAGGACGGACAGCUAAUCGUCCUUGUAGUGGCAGACCAUGUGGAACAACACCUGCACAGGAUUGGUAUAUCUGAACAUCAUACAUGCGGGAAAAGUACAGGAUGGCAACAACAACUGCCCGAGUUACACCAGGAACGCACAAUCCCUCCAUCAGUGUUCAGACUGUCCGCAAUAGGCUGAGAGAGGCUGGACUGAGGGCUUGUAGGCCUGUUGUAAGGCGGGUCCUCACCAGACAUCACUGGCAACAACAUCGCCUAUGGGCACAAACCCACCGUCGCUGGACUAGACAGGACUGGCAAAAAAGUGUUCUUCACUGAUGAGUCGCGGUUUUGUCUCACCAGGGUGAUGGUUGGAUUCUCAUUUAUCGUCUAAGGAAUGAGAGCUACACGAGGCCUGUACUCUGGAGUGGGAUCGAUUUGGAGGUGGAGGGUCCGUCAUGGUCUAGGGAGGUGUGUCACAGCAUCAUCGGACUGAGCUUGUUGUCAUUGCAGGCCAUCGCAACGCUGUGCGUUACAGGGAAGACAUCCUCCUCCCUCAUGUGGUACCCUUCCUGCAGGCUCAUCCUGACAUGACCCUCCAGCAUGGCAAUGCCACCAGCCAU